AGCUCGUUAUUAUCUGGCAGUCAUGUUUCACGUUUGCACUUGAGCGUCGAUUUUCGUUCAAAUGGCGACUCUCGUUUGGAUUACUCUCAUUCUCUGCGCGUUCGCUGGUUAUUCCUCCGCUCAGGAGCAUUUUCCCGCCCUUCUUGGAGAAAGUUGCAAGAGGGACAUCGAUUGCAUCGAGCAUGCAUUCUGCCGCUGGCAGCAGACCUGCCUCUGCGAUCCGUAUUAUUCGCCAACCCUCGACAAGUCCAUGUGCAUCGCCACCGUUGGACUGACCUGCCAUAACAACUCGAUGUGCGCAACCAUGACGAACGCCGAGUGCAAGCAGAACACGUGCGCCUGCAAGGACGAUUACUUCUUGGACAGCACUAAUUCCUCAAAUUGCAUCGGCAGACCUGUCGAGAUCGGUGAUCUCUGCCAAGUGAAUUCGGUGUGUCAAGACAGUUUCGAUAGUGCAUUGUGCAUCGACAAUCAAUGCCAGUGUUUCACGGGGCAUCACUUUGUAAAUCACACGAAAACGUGCAUUCAGAGUCGAGGUUUAUAUUAUUCUUGCAAAGAGGACUACGAGUGCUACAUGGACGACAGAUCUUCAGACGCCUUGGAGUGCAAGAAUCGUCAAUGCUUGUGUAAAGAAGGAGAGCCGCAAUGUGCCGGAGGUUCACUGGUCACGGCCACUGGAGCACUCAUGACAAUUUCGUUGUUGUUACAACGAGUCGCUCAAUAGUGAUCAAUAGCAUAAAACAUCCGAUUGUACGAUUGAUUUUGCAACAUCAUAAUUUGACAUAAAGGACAGAUCAGCACAUGUCAUCAAAUUGUACUUCUUAAUUUAUCAUCUAACGUGUGCUCCUCACAUAUAUGUCAUUUUUAUAUAUUACAUUUAAAUUUGUUAGUUAUAAUUUAAAUAAGUUAUAAGCUAGUAAAAUAUGUGACUUUAGCUUUAGCUCAUAACUUUCGAACUUCAUAACUCGGAAAACACUUGAUAAAAAUAUAUUUUAUUAUAAUAUUUUGAAAACGAGAUCUAGAAUUUUUAUUUCAAGGAAAAAAUUCCAUUUAAGAAAUAAUUAAGUCACUUUUAAAAUUUUUUGAAAAUAACGACAUGUAUAGCACGACUCAUCGGAAUCAUAUAUCUCAUUCAAUGAAAACGUAGAAUUCGAAUUUUGGUUAAAUAAAUCUACCAAAUUACUCACCUUA